AUGAUUGGCCGGUCGACCAAGCGCACCAAACGGGGGACGGAUGGUUUCCGCGGAUGCCAGGCCGAUGGUCAUGAUCGGAGUCCGUUCGUAACGCCACUCUCCAAUCCACUGCUCGUUUCACCCAACGAUCCGUACUACGGGCCGCUCGGAGUGCGCUGUCUUAACUUUAGCCCGCAGGAAAGGGCAAACGAUCGGUGCGAGCUGAAGCAUAUGACCGAUCGUAAUUUGCAGAGCAGCUAUUUCGAUCUUUCCAAUCUGUACACCGAGCAAGCGACGUACGAUAAGGACGGUAAGCUGCUGCUGCAGCAGUGUGGAGCACCGGAGACCAUAACGAACCGGAGACCGAUGUCGGUGCAGUUUUUCGCCGUUGCCGGUUUGUUUGCAAAGUUGCACAAUUACUGCGUGGAUCGGGCACCGAUGAAGGGUAGCGGACCGGUAGAGGAGCGGUGCCGUGCGUUUACGAUCGCCGUGUAUCAGAAGAUCAUCUACGAGCAGCUUAUACCGGUACUGUUUGGUGAACAGUUUUACAGUGAGUGCGAUUUUAGCUGCGAAUACAAUCCGGACGAGGAGUGUGCCGUCUCGCAGGUGUACAAGCACGGUCCGGGACGUUUCCAGCAUGUGUGGAUAGGCGAAACGAUGCUUUACAAACCGGCUCGUGGGGAGGUGGAGUGGCGAUCGUUUAACGAUUUCUUCCACAAUUAUGAAUCGUUCGAUUGUUUGGGUGCGCUGGCCGGUUCGUUGGACACGCCGAUCAACGUUGGAAAUCUCGCCAGUGCGAGUGUGGACAAGUUCGUUACGGUGGAUGGAUAUCGUGGCACUAGUCUACCAUGCAUCGAUCUGGCACGUAAUCGUGAUGCCGGGCUGUGUCCGCUGGUUACCUACAAACACCACGUGGAGCAACUGUUCGGAGAGGAGAGCCGAUGUUACGGCACGUUCGAGGAUCUGAGCGAUAUCUUUGCACCAGACGUGAUUGAAUUCUUCUCCCGGCACUAUGAGCAUCCGGACGAUAUCGAUGUACUGUUUGCGAAUAUGGACCAACGAUUCCAUCCCGGUGCAAACCUGCCAAAGAUGGUCGCUCAAUUAACGUGCCUUGAGAUGAAGCGUCUAAAGUGCACGGAUCGGUUCUUCUACACGUGGAAUCCUAACCUAGGCGAAGGAGCGCGACAACUUAUAGAAGCGAUAGACUUUACAGUGCUAUUGGCUCUGGUCACCGAAAUGGAGGAAGUUCCAUUGCAACCGUUUUUCGUCGGUAGCCCGACUGUUGCGUCGUGCGAUGUGCGAGACUACAUGCAAUCAUUAGACCAUCUUUUCUCCGAUCUUUGCCCAAACGUGGCACUGUUCAGUGAGUACGAAAAGGAAGCGUUUAUCAAAGCGGUCGCCGAGCUGCUGAGCAAUGACGAGCGGGCACAAAACGGUAACUAUCGCAUUGGGGAAAGCGAAUUCGACUUUGAGCUUUUCCAAACGAAGGCCAUCAAAUCGGGCGAGGAUCUCGAUGUGCGGCGCACGCUGACGACGGAUAAGUUUUUGAAGACGCUGGCAAAAAAGUUGAGCAAGUGUGAGCUGAGAAACCUGUUGGACGGGAAGUGUUCCUCGAACAGGACGCUUUCGUGCUGCAAUGGUCAUGAACAGAUUUCAUGUGAUCCGUACCAUCCCUAUCGGAGCUACGACGGAAGCUGCAAUAACCUGGAACAUCCGAGCUGGGGAAAGCGUGGAAGUGCACUGAAACAUCCGUUCGCUCCGUGCUACAGUGACGUGGUAUCGAAGCCGGCCCGCAGUAAGUCGGGUGCUCCGUUACCGCAGAAUCGAAAGCUAAUGGUAGAGCUGGCCGAUUUUCUGAAUAACAGGAAUUCCAAGACAUCCUCUUCACUGAGCAUGUUUAUGGUGUUUUUCAUGGAAGCGAUCUCUUCCGAUAUGAUUGGAAGGGCUAACAAACGGGCACACUGUCCGACCCAAGGUUUCCGCGGUUGCCGAGCGGACGGGCAGGAUCGUAGCGCUUUCGUGUCGACGCUAUCGAAUCCCCUCCGCGUAUCACCCAACGAUCCGUACUACGGGCCUCUCGGAGUGCGCUGUCUUAACUUUAGCCCGCAGGAGAAAGCAAACGAUCAGUGCGAGCUGAAGCAUGUGGCCGAGCGCAACAUGGAAAGCAGCUAUCUCGACCUGUCGAGCAUGUACGGUGAGGUACCGCACUAUGAUGCGAGUGGGAAGCUCCCCCUGUUCCAAUGUGGCGCUACGGGACCGGUCGAACAGUUACACCCGAUCGCGGUACAGUUUAAGGCGAUCAUCGGUCUGUUUGGUCAGCUGCACAACUAUUGUGUGGAACGGGUUAGCUCCUGUUCCCAGUCGAAGGGUUCGGUUGAGGAACGGUGCCGUGCACUUACGAUCGGUGUAUAUCAAAAGUUGAUCUACGAGCAGCUGCUACCGCUUCUGUUUGGUGAAGAGUUGUACAAUCUGGCUGGCUUCGAUUGCGAGUACAACCCGUACGAGGAGAGUGCCAUCUCGCAGGUGUACAAGAACGGGCCGGGACGGUUCCCGCACGUGUGGAUUACGGAGACGGUAGCGUACAAGUACCAGGGUAGGACUCAAUGGCGCCCUCUCAAUGAGUACUUCCACGAUCAUGAGUUAUUCGAAUGUACUGCAACGCUGGAGGGAGUGCUAGAGACGCCAAUCGAAACGAACCGAUUGGUUGACGAGAUUAUGCACAAGUUCUACACUACGAAUGGCGAACGAGGUAGCUGUCUACCAUGCAUUGAUCUGGCGAGGAAUCGUGACUCUGGGCUGUGUCCGUUGGUAACUUACAAACAUUUCAUUGAACAGAUUGCCGGUGAAGAGAGCAAGUGUUAUAGCACGUUCGAUGAUCUGAGAGAUAUGUUCAGCCCUGAGCUAGUGAAUUUCUUUGCCCAACACUAUGAGCAUCCAGGUGAUAUCGAUGUGCUGUUUUCGGGCUUAGAUCAGCGCGCCUACCCCGGAGCCAACAUGCCCAAGCUCGUCUCUCAAUCAACCUGUUUGGAAUUCAAGCGUCUAAAGUGCACGGAUCGGUUCUUCUACAAGUGGAAUCCGAAUCUUGGCGAAGGGGCUAUGCAUCUGAUCGAGAUUCUAGACUUUACUGCACUGCUUGCACUGUUUACCGAUAUGGUUGAAGUUCCAUUGGAACCCUUCAUGGUGGACGGGCCGAAGGUUGCUGCUUCGGAUGUGAGACAGUAUCUGGAGAGUGUGAAUUAUUUGUUCUGUGAAGUAUAA